AAGCCACCCUUCCCACCUGAACCAUUUGUUUUUGGUCGUCGAAGCGCUGAAACCCAAACGCCGCGCCGCCUCCCGCCUUGCCGCCCCUUUCCACGGCCUGGUUCCGAAUUGCAGUGACUGGUUGGGUCGUUUGAAAACUCUGGCGCCUCCUCUUGGCUGUCUGCCAUGUCGACGCCGCUGCUGCACUACUUCCGAGUGGCCGAUUUGCACGUGAGCCCUGCGCUGCAAAAGAAGGCGGCCGAGCUCGGCUUCACCCUGCUGGGCAGCGAGAUCUGCUUCAACAUCCAGGCAAGGGGUGCUCUGGAUGCGGAGGAGACCAAGAAGCUGGAGUACCUCCUCCGGGAGACUUUCGAGCCCGAGAAGUUCGGGCAGUCCAGCUUCCUCUCGGGUACCGUGCUGGAGGUCGGCCCUCGCCAGCAGUUCACCAGUGCGUGGUCCACGAAUGCGGUGUCCAUUUGCCACUCCAUCGCCUUGAGCAAAAUUGUGCGAAUCGAAAAGUCGCGGCGGUACCAGGUGGAGGGCAAGGGGGAUCUCAAGAAGUUGGCGCAGCUGGUGCACGACCGCAUGACGGAGUGCGAGUAUCCCAAGGGCAUCAGCACCUUUGAGGAGCACCAGGAGCCGGAGCCCUGGACGAGAGUGCCAGUCAUGGAGAAGGGCGCCAAAGCUUUGGAGGAUCUCAGCAAGGAGAAGGGCUUGGGCUACGAUGAGCAGGACAUCGCCUACUACCUCCGGGUCUUCCGGGACGAGCUGAAGCGGGACCCCACCACCGUGGAGUGCUUUGACCUGGCGCAGGGCAACUCCGAGCACAGCCGGCACUGGUUCUUCGGAGGCAAGGUGGUCAUCGAUGAGGAGGACAUGCCCUUGACCCUGUUCCAGUGGGUGAAGCGGCCCCUGAAGGAGCGGACUAGCAACAGUGUCAUCGGCUUCCACGACAACAGCAGUGCCCUGAGAGGCGCUGCCCACACGGCCUUCCAGCCGGCCGCCGUGGCAGGGCCGGGCCAGAUGAAGGAGGUGACCAAGGACUACGACAUCACGCUGACGGUGGAGACCCACAACUUCCCCUGCGGCAUCGCGCCCUUCCCAGGCGCCGAGACGGGCGCUGGCGGACGCAUCCGUGACGGCGAGAGUACGGGCAAAGGCUCGCUGGUCGUGGCGGCCGUGGCGGGCUAUGCCACCGGCAACCUGCACAUCCCAGGCUACAAGAUGCCCUGGGAGUUGGAGGACUUCAAGUACCCCUCCAACAUGGCCCCGCCCCUGCAGGUGUUGAUCGACUGCUCCAAUGGCGCCAGCGACUAUGGGAACAAGUUCGGGGAGCCUCUGAUCUGUGGGUGGACCAGGUCCUGCGGAAUGCGGCUGUCGAGCGGUGAGCGCUUCGAGUGGGUGAAGCCCAUCAUGCUCAGCGGAGGUCUGGGGCAGAUGGACCACGGACACCUGGGUAAGGACGAGCCGCAGGCCGGGCAGCUGGUGGUGAAGAUCGGGGGCCCCGCGUACCGCAUCGGCGUGGGGGGCGGGGCGGCCUCCUCCAUGGUGGCCGGCGACAACCAGGAGGAGUUGGACUUCAACGCAGUGCAGCGCGGGGAUGCGGAGAUGCAGCAGAAGGUCAACCGAGUGGUUCGCUCCUGUGUGGAGCUUGGGGAGAAGAACCCCAUCCUCUCGAUCCACGACCAAGGAGCUGGAGGCUCCGGUAACGUGCUGAAGGAGAUCAGCGAGCCUGCAGGUGCGGUGAUCGAUCUGCGGAAGAUGCACGUGGGGGAUCCGUCCAUGUCUCUGUUGGAGCUGUGGACGGCGGAGUUCCAGGAGAACAAUGCGCUCCUGCUGGGCAAGGAGAACGAGGCCCUGUUCGACCAGAUCUGCAAGCGCGAGAAGGUGCCCUAUGCAGUGGUAGGCACCAUCACCGGGGACGGCAAGGUGGUGGUCAAGGACACCCGGGACAACUCCACCCCCGUGGACCUGCCGCUGGACAAGGUCUUGGGCAAGAUGCCCCAGAAGGUCUUCAAGAUGCAGCGCAUCUACAAGCAGAUCCCCAAAGCUCUGGAGCUCCCGGCGUCCCUGACGGUGCAGGUGGCCCUGGAGACAGGUGUGCUGCGGCUCCUGUCCGUGUGCUCCAAGCGCUUCCUCACAAACAAGGUGGACCGAUCAGUGACUGGCCAGAUCGCGCAGCAGCAAUGUGUGGGCCCGCUGCAGACGCCUCUGGCGGACUUCGCGUGCAUCGCUCAGAGCCCUUUGAGCACCAGCGGGGGUGCCACCGCCAUCGGGGAGCAGCCCCUGAAGGGCUUGGCAGGGGACCCCGCCAGCUGCAUCUCCAUGGCGCGCCUGGCGGUGGCGGAGGCUUUGACCAACCUGGCGUGGGUGCGAAUCCCCACUCUGGACUCGAUCAAGGCCUCGGGGAACUGGAUGUGGGCCGCGAAGCUGCCCGGGGAGGGCCCCAAGAUGUACGACAUCGCCGAGGCGCUCAGCCACAUCAUGGUGGAGCUGGGCAUUGCCAUUGACGGGGGCAAGGACUCGCUCUCCAUGGCGGCGCGGGUGCCUUUGGGCAACGGCCAGACGGAGACUGCGAAGAGCCCUGGCCAGUUCGUGCUCACGGUCUAUGCACCGGUGCCUGAUGUCCGCAUCAAGGCCACUCCGGACUUGAAGACGAAGGGCACCGGCGUCUUGCUCUUUGUGGACCUGGGUUCUGGGCCGCCAGUGCUGGGCGGGUCUGCUUUGUCGCAGGUCUUCGGUCAGCUGGGCUGCGGGCCCUCGCCACAGGUGGACGCCAAAGCGCUGAAGGCGGCCUUCAACGCGACCCAGCGGCUUCUCUCCGGUGGCUUGAUCUCGGCAGGCCACGACAGAUCAGAUGGAGGCCUCUUGACUGCGGUGCUGGAGAUGGCCUUUGCCGGCCGCGUGGGCUUCGACAUGAAGCUGGACGAUGCCAAUGCCGGCACCCUGAUGGAGAAGCUCUUCGGCGAAGCCCCGGGCCUCAUCUAUGAGGUGAACCGCGGGGACUUGCCGGCCGCGCUGCGGAUCUUCGAAGCCGAAGGCGUGCAGGUGUGCGAGAUCGGGUCCACACGCAAGGACAUGCGAGCUGUGGUGCAUGUGGGCAAGGAGUGCGUGCUGGAUGCAGAUGUUGCCUCGCUCCACUGCAUCUGGGAGGCGACAUCCUUCCAACUGGAACGGCAGCAGUGCGCCAUCGAUUGCGUGGAGCAGGAGGAGGCUGGCUUCAAGAACAGGCGGGUGCCACCCUGGAAGCUGAGCUACACGCCACAGCCCACCGCAGACGCGGUGCUGGCGAGCAGGAAGCACCGGGUUGCCAUCGUUCGGCAGGAGGGCUCCAACGGAGAUCGCGAGAUGGCAGCGGCCUUCCAUAUGGCUGGCUUCGAGGCCUGGGACGUGCACAUGACAGACCUCCUGGAGGGCCGCACCUCCCUGGAGUCCUUCCGCGGUGCAGCCUUUGUGGGGGGCUUCAGCUAUGCGGACACCCUGGACUCUGCCAAGGGGUGGGCGGGGUCCGUGCUCUUCAGCCCCAAGCUGGAGGCGCAGUUCAAGGCCUUCCGCGACAGGCCGGACUCCUUUGCACUGGGCAUUUGCAACGGCUGCCAGCUGUUGGCGCUGCUGGGCUGGGUGCCUGGCGCGCCGGGCGGCGGCGCCGUCCUGCCCUUGGAGCAGCAGCCGCGCUUCGUGCACAACAGGAGCGGACGCUUCGAGUCGCGAUUCUGCACAGUGAAGAUCGAGAAAUGCGCUGCCUCAAAGGUAUGGCUGAACGGCAUGGAGGGCACUCAGGUGGGCGUGUGGAUCAACCACGGCGAGGGCAGGGCACAUUUCCCGGCGUCCAGCGUCUUUGAGCGGGUGAAGAAGGAGCAGCUCAUCCCUAUGCGAUACAUCGACGACGACGGUGCUGCCACAGAGACGUACCCGUUCAACCCCAAUGGCUCUCCCGAGGGCAUCGUUGGCCUUUGCAGCUCGGACGGGCGGCACCUGGCCAUCAUGCCGCAUCCAGAGCGGCUCACGUCCUGGCCUUGGCAGUGGCCCUAUGCCCCACAGGAGUGGAUGGAGGGCCCCCAGAGACUGAGAUGCUCGCCCUGGUUGAGGAUGUUCCAGAAUGUGCGGGAAUGGUGUGACGGCCAAAAGUAAGCCGUUGGGCUCCCACCGAAACUGCCCCGCAGUUUCGGGAGAAAAUGUCGGCGAUGAGGAGCGGAGCUCCUCAUCCCAUCUUUAUUUUGUUUCAGCCUGAUUUCAAACAACAUCAGGCCAGAAUCUGCGCUUGCUCGAGGAGCAGAGGUCUCGUUCACACCGACUCUUGUGUUUUGGAGGCGCGAUGCUCUUUGGAAGCAUCCCUGGAACCUCACUUUUGUGGAGUUGCGACGCAUCGGCUUGGCACAUCCCCCGGCCUUUUCUGCUCGUUUCGCA